AUGGCUGGCUUUGGCUUGGGUACCCCAUCCCUCAGUACAAAUUCGAGCACAAGCAAAUUACCACCUCCGUUGGCUAGCUCCACUCCCAAAAAGCGGUUGAAUGGAUUUGUCAAUGGCUCCAGUUCAUCAAGCAAGACACCAAACCAAACCAAGCCGAACGGCGUUAAUGGAGAUGCCAGUCCUUACAAGAAAAGGAAGAUUGUGUAUAUGGAAGAGAAUGAAGAUCAUGGCGAGAGGCUUAUAGUCAACGGCCAUACGACAACCACGAGCGAGAAGGUCAAUGGAAAAGCUGGGCAUGCGAAAGCAUCGAAGAAGUUUCACGAUUUGCAGGACCAGCGACGACAGUUGCCUAUCACGAAAGGGAAAGAGGCUCUCAUUCGAGAAUUCCGCGAAAAUGACACAGUUGUACUUGUUGGAGAGACUGGUUCUGGAAAAACUACUCAGGUUCCACAAUACAUUCUUGAGGCGGGCCUAUGUGGUGAUGGCCAGGUCGCCGUUACGCAACCUCGACGCGUUGCUGCAACUUCACUCGCCGCACGAGUCGCAGAAGAGCAGGGAGUUGUGCUAGGAACUCGCGUUGGUUAUGCCGUGCGUUUUAACGAACGCCACGAGCCCAGUACGAAGAUAAAGUAUCUGACGGAUGGUAUGCUUUCUCGAGAGCUUCUCGCAGAUCCUAUGCUAUCGCGUUAUAGCGUUAUCAUCAUUGAUGAAGCUCACGAACGCACCCUCAACACGGAUAUCUUACUAGCCAAUCUCAAGAAUAUCCAAAAGGAGAGAAAGAAGAGGUAUGCUACUCCCGAGACGUCACUAGCGACAGUGAAAGGGAAGGAGAAGGCCAGGGACGAGGGAUAUCGGUUAAGAAUUGUCGUCAUGAGCGCAACUCUGGACGCGGACAAGUUCAGCCGAUUUUUCAACGACGCCAAGGUUCUUUACGUGAAGGGUCGUCAACAUCCCGUUCGGAUAUUCUACACUUUGAACAGCCAGCCCGACUACGCGGACGCUGCAGUCCGGACGUUUUUUCAGAUACAUGUUGACCAUGAGCCAGGCGAUGUAUUGAUAUUUCUACCAGGCCAAGAGGAUAUUGAGACAGUUCAGCAGAUGAUUAAAUCCUAUGCCAAUCAACUUCCGCUAGGCCAGAUGAGCGUGUUAACAUGUCCAAUGUAUGCACAGCUGCCGCAAAACAUGCAAACUCAGGUGUUCCGGCAUACGCCCGAAGGGACGCGGAAAUGUAUUCUUGCAACCAACAUUGCUGAAACGUCCAUUACCAUACCUGGGGUGCAGUAUGUUAUCGACUCGGGCAAGCACAAUGAAAAGCGCCACUACGAGUAUGCCGGUGGUGGAUUGGAUUCGCUAAUGACACAAGACAUUUCCAAGUCCUCUGCAAUGCAAAGAGCAGGUCGAGCGGGCCGUGAAGGUCCUGGGCUGUGCUUCCGAUUAUAUACUGAAAGCAACUUUCGGAAGAUGGAAGAUACAUAUCUGCCAGAAAUUCUGCGCACCAAUCUGGUGUCUAGUGUAUUACAAUUGAAAUGUCUCGGUCAGGACAUCCAAUCACUCGAGUUUAUGGAUCAGCCGGACAACGAUACCGUCAAGGCCGCGUAUGCUACUCUUCUCAUCCUUGGUGCAUUGGACAAGAGGAAAGAGGUGACUCGUAUUGGCCGUAUGAUGAACAAAUUUCCUCUUGAUCCACCUCUUGCGCGUGCACUACUUGCCGCACAGGAGUUCGGGUGCACAUACGAGAUAAUCGGCAUCGUUUCUGUACUAUCUGCGUCGGCGAAACUGUUCUUUGAUUCUGUGGAGCAGCGCGAAUCCGCGGCUGAGUCCCGUGCACGUUUCCGUCAUGCAAGUGGAGAUCAUCUUACAGCGUUGAACACGUUUCGCGCAUAUGAAGAGCUUGUCAAGGGUGGUGCCGUGAAGAGCGCGCGCCGCCAGUGGUGCCAAGAACAUUUUGUGAAUGAGCGCACGUUGAGCGAAGCGGUCGACAUCCAGAAUCAGCUACGCAACAUAUGCGAGAGGGAGAAGGUUGACUGGCGUACGAGUGCGGGUGCUGCCACAGAAUCGGUUUUGAAUGCACUUCUGUUUGGUCUGGCACAGAAUACAGCGGUAUAUCGCUCUGAGAUAAAGGCGUACAAACAAAUUCUGAGUAACUCUGUACUUCGGAUACAUCCAGGUUCGGUUUUGUCUGAUCGUAGACCGGUCGCGAUCAUGUAUGACCAGCCCCUCUACACGAAAGAAAUAUAUGCUCGCGGUGUCUCCAUUGUUGAGCCUGCUAUGCUCUCUCGACAUCCUUCGUUUCAACCUAGUAAAGCAGAAUACAAAAACUAG